GCCGGGUGGUCCUAAAACUCCUAAAUAACGAAAAUCUUAUUUUCACACAUGUAAUUUCCAUAUUUUGUGGAUUUUUCUGUGAAUACUAAUUAUAGAAAUAUCACCUUGGUACUUUAUUAUUGGAAGGGAACAACACAAGAAGAUAAGCAAAAAUGUCUGGAGACACUAAGAUAGCUAUUUACACCUCUGAAAAAACUGGCAACGACGAAACCGGCAAUGGAACCGAGGAAAAACCAUUCAAAACCAUUUUGCAAGCCAUGCGUGCAGCUGGUGCCGAACCCUUUCCUGUUAUUUACUCAGAUGGCAAGGAAGAGGGUGUUAAAUUCGAAGUAGCCGCUAAAUCUCAGCUGAAGAAAAUACAGAAAAUUUGGAAUAGAGAACAAUAUAAGCAAGCCGACAAGGCCAACCAAGAAGGAGAAGAUGCGGAAAGAAGAACGAAAAACUUGGAGGAAGGUAAAAAAAUCAUCAUCGAAGAAGACAAGUCUCUGCCUACAGCUGAACGCAUAAAAAUCAUCAAAGCUGCUAACUAUAGAGACAAACGUGUAAAGAUUUACGGAUGGGCUCACAGGAUUCGUAAGCAAGGCAAGAACCUGAUGUUUAUCACUUUGAGAGACGGCACUGGAUUUCUUCAAUCAGUCUUGAACAACACUUUAUGUCAAACUUAUAACGCUUUGGUUUUACAAACUGAAUCUACUGUAUUGUUGUAUGGUGUCUUGAAAGCAGUUCCAGAAGGCAAAUCAGCACCAGGUGGACACGAACUAAUGGUCGACUAUUGGGAGUUGAUCGGUUUGGCUCCGCCAGGUGGCGCCGAAGCCUUGCUCAACGAAGAAGCUUUGCCUGACGUGCAAGCUGAAAACCGUCACAUCAUGAUCAGAGGCGAAAACACCUCCAAGGUUUUGAGGAUGAGAUCUGUUUUACUACAAGCGUUCAGAGAUCAUUAUUUGGACAGAGGCUAUUGCGAAAUUACGCCUCCUUCUAUUGUACAAACUCAAGUAGAAGGCGGAUCUACUUUGUUUAAAUUGGAUUAUUUUGGGGAAGAAGCUUACCUGACUCAAAGCUCUCAACUCUACUUAGAAACUUGCCUUCCAUCUAUGGGCGACGUGUACACUAUCGCUGAAAGUUUCAGAGCCGAACAGAGCAGGACCAGAAGACAUUUAGCAGAAUAUACCCAUGUUGAAGCUGAAUGUCCCUUCAUCACUUUCAAUGACCUGCUGGACAGGCUAGAAGACCUAAUUUGCGACGUUGUAGACAGAGUCCUAAAAUCACCCUAUGGACCUAUUGUUUACGAGCUAAACCCCAACUUCCAAGUGCCCACGAGGCCAUUUUUAAGAAUGAACUACUCCGAGGCUAUUGAGUAUUUGAAGGAAAACAACAUUACUAAAGAGGAUGGCAGUUUUUAUGAAUUUGGAGAGGAUAUUCCAGAAAUGCCUGAACGUAAAAUGACUGACAAAAUCAACAAGCCAAUAAUGCUAUGUAGAUUCCCGGCUAAUAUAAAAUCCUUCUACAUGAGCAAAUGUCCUGAAGAUGUGCGUUUAACUGAGAGUGUAGAUGUCUUGCUUCCAAAUGUUGGAGAAAUUGUUGGAGGUUCAAUGAGGAUCUGGGAUUCUAAGGAAUUAUUGGACGGGUAUAAACGCGAAGGUAUCGAUCCGGCACCUUACUUCUGGUACACUGACCAAAGAAAAUACGGCACGUGUCCUCAUGGUGGUUACGGUCUGGGAUUGGAGAGGUUCGUUUGUUGGUUGUUGAACCGCUACCAUAUUAGGGAAGUUUGUUUGUAUCCUAGAUACUUGAACCAUUGCAAACCUUAAGAUAACUUUGGUUUAAGUUUUAUAUUACAUGCAUUUAUGAACUGCUUCAAGGUAGUUUUUUUAUAUUAUUGCUGGAUGAAUAUUAAUUUUUGUUUUUAUUUGAAUAAAAUAUUACAAAUAUAAUCUGAGAA